AGAGAGGCAAGCUGCAGGGAAAAGUUACUCCUUUGCUGCAGAGUCAGGCCCCCCUCCUCCCACCUUGCUUCAACCUCAUCACCGCCACCAUGACGUUCAACGGCGACUGGAAAGUGGAUCGCAACGACAACUAUGAAAAGUUCAUGGAGCAGAUGGGCAUCAACAUGGUGAAGAGGAAGCUGGCCGCCCACGACAACCUCAAAAUCACCAUCUUGCAGGACGGAGACAAGUUCCAAAUCAAAGAGAGCAGCAAUUUCCGCACCGUGGAAAUCGACUUCACCUCGGGAGUCUCCUUUGAGUACAGCCUGGCCGACGGGACAGAACUUUCUGGAGCAUGGACAAUUGAGGGAGACGUGCUGAAGGGCGUUUUCAACAGGAAAGACAACGGCAAGACGCUGACAACCACCAGAAUCGUGCAAGGAGGCGAACUCAUACAGACCUACUCCUAUGAAGGCGUGGAAGCUAAAAGGAUUUUCAAGAGGGCUUAGGACAAACUUGAAGAUAAAUCUUGCGAAAUGUUCCUAGGGUUGACCCGUACAAAGUGCACUGUGUGUACUGCAUAAACUAUGGUGAAAAAAUGCAUUGUAUUUUGACAAUAAAGCAAUAAAAAAUAA